GGGAUAUUGUGUCGCCACGACUGUCUAGCUAGGGGCUAGUUCACCCGAAAACAAUGGCGAACGCAGUCGUCAAUAUGAACACGUUUGGCGACGUUCGCCUCGUGAACCUGAUAAUUAUCUUAUUACUAGUAACAUUGACUCCAUGUUCCGCACGUGGUUACGGUAGAUCACACAGCAGUCACGGCAGAUAUUCACACAGCAGUCAUGGCAGCGGCGGAGCCCACUCUUACCCUGCAUCAACCGGAUAUUCUGGUACGGGGUCAGGCAAUCUGCACUCGAACCAUGCAUCUGGUACUGGUUCAGGUAACGCGUAUUCAUACCCCGCAUCCACAGGACUUUCGGGAAACAAUUACAACAGUCACAUUACAAAACAAUCAACUACGCAUCAACAACACAACAACCCCAACCACGGUACCAAGACAGAGGUUCAUCACCACUACCAUCAAAAUUACCAUUAUAGCCCACCGCAGCAAGUGAGUUACGGUUCCGUCAGUUACCCGGUGUAUCAUGCUCAACCCCCUGUCUACGUUUACCAGUACAGAGAUUCUGGAAGUAGGUUUGAUAAUUUGCUCACCGGUUUAGCCCUUUAUAAUUUGGGGAGGAUGUCGGCCAACCACGAUCACCACCAUCAUUACGAUGCGGAUCGAAGAUACGUGAGUGCACCGGGUGAGGUAUGCAAACUAGGAAUUAAAAAGAAAAAUGGCGACUACGAAGAGACACGCGUCGACUGCGAGCUCAUGUCGAGUUUUAUUUGGGAAUCUGAUAAGCAGACAUCUUUACAUGCUACCCCGAAAACUUUAAAUACAGUUUCUACUUCAGUAGUGAAUGUGACGCAGGUACAGACCGGCGAAGCGAAGACUAACCAUUCCGUUACCACAAUCACAGUGACAAACACCACAGUCGUGGACGCCUUACAAGCUAAAGGGCAGUCCAUAGAAGUGACGCCGGAAAUGGUUUGUUACAUGAUUCGCACGUCUCGAAGUUCUAAUAUUAUGAGGAAGGAAAUAAAAUGCGGAAUAUUACAAGCUUACGCGCAAAGCUCGUGGCGCCACAAUGGCUGUGAAGGGAUUUCCUCAUCAGUCAUUAUGAUACUUUUUACAUUGCUAUUGAGAUUUGAAGUAUUUUAACAAUAAUGUUUUUAGAAUCAAUAUCUUGGAAGUAGAUGAGAGUUAUUUCUAUUUUUUAUUCUGUAUCAGUAAGAUAGGUACCUAAAGCUCGUGACGCCGUAAUGGCUG